AUGCAAGAGGACUUCAUGACACAAGAGAAUUUACAAGAUCUUGUCAAUGGCCAGCUCAAUGGCACUAUAUCAACCAAGAAAUUAUCUUCCGUGGCUCCUGAAACAAGUUUUCAAAACGGCGAAGUACGAAAUCAUCAAAACGGAGGCCAUCACCUAACAGGCGAAGAACCAGCACUACCAGAAUACGAGCCACCACCCGAUCUGGACCCAGCGGAGUUGAGAGAAGAAAAUUUCAAGCGAGAACUUCCUUCCGACUUAUGGGUAGGCUUACCGGACUGA